AUGAUACUUGGUAGACAUCAAGAUAGACAUGAAGAUGAUAAAAAGAAAAAGUAUGAAAAAGAAAUACAGUUGGAAAUGAGACGGGCUGCAAUGUUAAAGCGGAGCGAUGCCAAAAUAGCUCGAUGUCAUUUACAGGUUAAACAACGAGAAAUCUGCAAGAAGGAAAAAUUAUUACAUGCUCAAAAACUUAUUGAUCUAAAACAAAAAGAAAUUGAAGUGACUCAUAGACUGGCUGCUGAAUUAUCGCUGCGUAAAAAUGAAGAAAUAAAACGCGCGCUAAAAUUGAGUCGAGUGAAAUCCUUCACUCGAUCGCUACCGGAUUGUGUUAUAAAAGAAGCUCGAUUACGUCUGAUAGAGAAAAAAGUUAAUUUGGAAGCAAGACAGGCAAAAUUAACGAAACUCUUGCAUCAAGAGGAAACGCAGCAAGUAAAAUUGCAACAAGCCGAACAAGAGAAAAAAAAGCGUAAUUUGCGCGUUGAUCUACAAAGACAAUUAAUGGACAAUCAUCAACGAAUUCAAGAGAAAAGAAAUAAAGAAAAAGAGCAGGAUCGCAAGAUGAUAGAACAGACGAUGCGAAAAAUUCAGGAGGAAGAUGCAAGAAUAAAAAGAAAGAAAGAUAACGAUAUGAUUCUUCAGAGAGAAGAGAUGAUUGCUUUUUUAGCAGCUAAGGAUGCGUGGGAAAAGAAAUAUAAAAAAGCAUUGAAGGAUGAGGACGAGAGGAUAUCUCGUACAAUCGCGGAGAAGGAAGCUCAACAAAAGAAACUGCUCGAUAUGAAGACCGAGUUUCGCGAAAUGAGAGAAACGGCGAUAGAUAAAAUGACUAAAAAACUGCUGGACAACGCCAGGCGACAGAAAGCUAUCGCUGAACGCAAAGCGGAAGAUGAAGCGAUCGAUGCCGCAUUUACACGAUAUUUGAUCAAAGAACAAGAAAAAAAUGUCGAAAAGCAAAGAAAACACGAUAAUGAAUGUCGUGCAAGAAAAAUUCAAUAUGGAAGAGAGUUAAGAGAAACCAUAAAAAAUAAUAGAAUGUCUCAUGCUACAAAUAUAUUGAAACGACAAUCUGAAAUUUGUGCGCACGAUGAAAAUAGCAAUCGGUUAAAAACGAGGGAAGGUGACAGAAGCAAAAAUAAUACGGCUGCGAAAAAAGAAGUUAAUAUGGACAGAAGAUGUACGAGUGAUUAA